UCUUAGACAUCGACUUAUACAAGUCGCUUGUCUACUAUAAGACGGGCUGGUUGUUUCUUUCUUUCUAUUCUUCAGACCAUUACUCUACUACUAGUAUCUAUUUCCUUGACUUCAACAUGACUUCUAGAACGCCUGCAUCAAAGAACGAGCCCAUCGUCAUCGUGGGUGCUGGUGUCUUUGGCCUUUCAACAGCCCUUGAACUCAAGAAGAGAGGUUAUCAACAUGUCGCAGUGCUCGAUCGAUAUCUACCACCUGUGAUAGACGGAAGCAGUGUUGAUAUUUCACGUGUGAUUCGCGUGGAAUAUGCUGAUCCUUUCUACGGCAAGAUGGCGACUGAAGCCCUUGAUGGUUGGACCGGUCAAUAUUCACAGCACUACCACCAGUCGGGCUUUGUGAUGCUUACCGAUGCUUCUGGAAACUCCUUUGUUGAGCAGAGUAAGGAGUCGAACAAGACUCUUGGUGGAACACUGGAGGAGUAUGAGAAUGCACACGAUAUUCGAAAACAAUUCCCUGCUGUUCAGUCUCGGCUUGAUGGCAAGAAGGCGUACUUCAACAAGACUGGUGGCUGGGCGGAUGCAGAGUCUAGUAUACAACAAUUGGCUACCGAGUGCUCUCUUGCCGGUGUGUCGUUCAUCACAGGUGCAAGAGGCAGGGCUUUAUCUCUACGCUACAACGACAAGAAAAUCACCGGCGUCAACGUCGCCGAAGGUGACACUAUCCCUGCCGCACAAGUCAUUAUAGCCACUGGCGCGUGGUCAAACAGACUCCUCCCAAUCAGCCACGCCUCAUCAGGCUCUGGGCAGCCAGUCGGCUUCAUCCGCCUCACCCCCGAUGAAGCAGAGAGACUCAAAGACAUGCCCGUCAUCAUCAAUCUCAGCACAGGAGUUUUUGUCUUCCCACCUACACCAAAGACACAUAUUCUUAAGAUUGCUCGUCACGGCUAUGGAUGGGCUACCGAAGUUGAAGUCAAAGAUCCUCUCGGACAAACUCGAAUGGUAUCAUCUCCCAAACGAGACGGAAAUAACGCUACAACCAAUUAUUUACCUGCAGAUGCACUGCAAGCUCUUCGUGAGGGUUUACAAGAUCUCGUACCUGAGGUUGCGGAUCGGGAGUGGUUGAGAACACGGCUUUGUUGGUACUCUGAUACGCCUGAGGGAGACUUUAUCGUGGAUCACCAUCCUGUUCGCGAGGGUCUUUUCCUCGCUACGGGUGGUGCUGGACAUGCUUUCAAAUUUCUUCCUGUUCUCGGACGGUAUGUUGUUGAUUGUUUUGAGAAUAAGGCUCCCAAGGAGCUUAGGCAUAAGUGGAGGCUACGAGCCCCAACUGGGCAGGAUAUGGUGAAGCAGGGUGAUGGUAGUCGAGGUGGUCCUCCUUUGAGGAAGUUGACGAGAGCUGAGCAGGCCAAGCUGUGAAAAGCAAAUAGAUGUAUUCUUCCAUAUAAUAUGAGAGAUUAUUGAGAUAGUGUUUUAGCUAAGAUACACAAUGAAUAUCUGCUAUACGAUGGAAGACCAUGUCCUCCGAGUUUGUGAGUAUCGUGCCAUAUUUUACGAUCUUUGCGCUACGAGGAACAAUGCCUCAUGCCACAAUGGCCAUGCAACGUGAAGCAGUGGGCCUACCACGAUGAGAAACGACCCCAUGGUCUCGGUCUCAUAUCACAUCGUACACGUACAGCAUACUAUUGUUUUAUGCUCUGAGCAAGCAUGGCAGAAGAGUCUGAAUGCUUGUAUACGAAGUACAUGUCACGCCUACGUUUACGCAUGGCCCCUACG